AUGGAUGAUGACUUUGAUUUUGACCGCGCAGCCUCUGCCUUUCCUGAUCUUGACUUGGACGGGCAGGGUGACGUGCCCUUGCCACCAGCCCCCGCGGCCAGUAGUGGCUUCUCAUUUGAUGAUUUCGGGACUCCACUGGGGCAGACCGAAGUGAAGGUCACAGGCGAUGAUGAGAUUGAGAAGUUUGAGGAUCAGUUUCCAGAGCUGAAUAUUGGGCAGUCUGUAUCUUCUCCCGCACAUGCCCUACCAACCUUUGGUGCUCCUCCUCCGUUUGCUCCUCGCCCACAGCCGUCAGCAUUUUCGUCUACGCCCAUCCUCAACCAGCAACUCGAUGAAGAUGAGCCUGAAGUUAUCAGGAAAUGGCGCGAGAGCCAGCUAGAAGAAAUCCAGGCUCGCGAUGAAGCCAGUAAGGCUAAACGCCAACAAACUAUUGGGAAGGCCGAACAUGCUAUUGACCAAUUCUACGAGGAAUAUGCAGCAAAGAAGGAGCGAACUAUUCGUGAAAACAAGGACGAAGAAGGAGAUUUCCUGGAGUCACUAUCUUCAUCUCUUACAAAAGGGACGACUUGGGAGCGUAUUUGCGAGAUUGUGGAGCUGCAAAAUUCCCAGAGCAAAACAAUCGCAAGGGCUGGACCUGGUACUACUGACCUUUCGCGAUUCAAAGAGGUACUGUUGCGCUUGAAGCGCGAGGGAACUGCUGCUCCCGGCGCAGCUGGUUAUUAG